UAUUUAAUGCACUGUGCCAGUGAGCUCUUGACAGUUGUGUCUUAACGAUUCUGAUAUUAAUGCAACGUCUCUGUAAAGGGUUGAAGUGUCUUUCUGAAUUGUCCAUUUAUUAAUGAAGCAUGGCCUGUAUUGAACAAGACAAGCUGGGUCAAGCCUUUGAAGAUGCUUUUGAGGUACUGAAGCAGCAUUCAACUGGAGAUCUUCAGAACUCUCCAGAUUACAAAAAUUACCUGGCUUUCAUCAACCACUGUUCUCAUGUCCGAGGAAGUUCUAACUGCUGUGGUGUGCUGCCUACAGAGGAACCUGUCUAUAACUGGAGAACAGUAAUAAACAGUACGGCGGACCUCUAUUUUGAAGGAAAUAUUCAUCAGUCUCUGCAGAACUUCCCUGAAAACCAGCUGGUACAACCCGCUGUUCUCCAGCAAAAGGGAGGAAAAGGCAGGAAGAAACUCCGACUGUUUGAAUAUCUUCAUGAAUCCUUGUGUAAUCCUGAGAUGGCAUCUUGUAUUCAGUGGGUAGAUAAAAGCAGAGGCAUCUUUCAGUUUGUAUCAAAAAACAAAGAAAAACUUGCCCAACUUUGGGGGAAAAGAAAAGGCAACCGGAAGACCAUGACUUACCAGAAAAUGGCCAGAGCAUUGAGGAAUUAUGGAAGAACUGGGGAAAUCACCAAAAUCCGGAGAAAGCUAACUUACCAAUUCAGUGAGGCCAUUCUGCAAAGACUCUCUCCAUCUUACUUCUUGGAAAAAGAGAUCUUCUACUCACAGGUAGAUCCACAAGCUAACGUUUCUUGCUAUCCUGCCACUCAGCCACAGGGAGGUGCUCUUGCCCUGUUAUCGCUCUGGCCCAAUUUUGGAAUAUGAUUUCUUCUUCCCUUGAAGUAGCCCAUCUGAUAUCACGUUGGAACAGUUGGAGGAACAAAAGACUUUAAUAAAAGAUAAAGACUAGGAGAUAAUAAACCCAGAGAGGAACCAGGACUUAGGCAGCAUGGCUUGAAAACUAUGGUUUGUUCUCAACAUUCCAUAAGGAACCCUGGGAGGAAACCCUUUGUUUCUUUCUUCCUGCUCAGUAGGUUCGUGCAUAUUCCAUUGUAUUACCAUGGAGCAGGAGAGCUUCCUAGACUAGAUGGACCAUCUUAGUCCAGGCCAGGAGGCCUGGCUAGCCAGCCAAGAGGUCCCUGGAGCCUGGCCUAUUUGAUUUGCAGCAUUUUCCUUUCUCUUUGUGUCUUCCUGGUGCUGUUCCUUCCUCUGACGCUUAGAAAAGAACAUGGUGGCCCCAGAAUGACUAACUGAAGGCUAACUCUUGGCCAUCUCCACAUAUAGUCUCAGUUUUUUGUUAAUGACUGAAUGUUUGUGUCCUCCCAAAAUUCAUAUGUUGAAACCUAAUCCCCAAUGUGGUGGUAUUUAGAAGUAGAUCUUUUGGAGGUGAUUAGGCCAUGAGGGUGGAGCCCUCACGAAUGAGAUUAGUCCCUUUAUUAAAGAGGUACCAGAGCUUGCUCACCCCUGCCGGCAUGAGGAUACAGCAAGAAGACAUGUCUGUGAACCAGGAUGCAGGCUUUUACAAGACCCUGAAUCUGCUGGCAUCUUAUCUCUGACUUCCCAGCCUCCUGAACUCAGAGAAAUAAAUUUCUGUUUAUAAGCCACCCAGUUUACAGUAUUCUGUUAUAGCAGCCCAGAAGGACUAAGGCAAUUUCAGUUGGUACUAACUUCAAAGUAGGACUCAGCAUUUACCCUCAUCCCCCCACAAAGAAAAUACAUUUAAUAAAAAUUUAUAAAGAAGACAAGUUUUGCCAAAAAUUGCAGAGAGGAAAUGGUGAAGAGGUUUUGCCGUAUAAAUCAUUGAGCCAACAACUUAAAAUUCCAUCAAUUCUCCCCAUAGGCUCUCUUAUACACAAGGUCAGCUUGAGGGUUCAUUUUGACAGUUCUGAGGCCCCAGUCAAAUCCAACUCUCACUGUGCACACAGUUUUUUCCUGUUGGGCAGAAACCUGGGCUCUGUCUUUUAUCCAGAGUGGGCUAACCAAAGCCCAGUUUCACAAGCAGGUUCUUCGUUAUAAAGACAUGCUUGUGCCAGCUGCUCAAAGACUCCCUCUCCUUACAUUAUAGAAAAUGAUACCCUAUUACUCCCUGCCAGCACCCAAGAAUAAAGAAGAGAGACUGUAGUUUUA